AUGCGCUAUGCUGUGGACAGUUUUGGUAGUAAUUUUGAUUGUACCUGCAUCUCUGCCCUCUGCCAUGCUCGAAUUGACAACUACUGUCCAGAAGGGACAAAAUCUGGGGAUCGCACCUCCAGUGACGAACACUUGGUCUUUGCAGGGGCCUGCAACAAGGAGUCGCCCAGCUUCUGUGACAGAAUUGUCCGCAACUCGGUGUGCAACAGAGUGAAAAAUGAGUGCUUUUGUAGAAAAGGCUUCGUUGCCGUCAAGGAGGGAGAUAGCGUUGCCUGCAAAACGCUGCUCACUGACCUCAAGUGUCGGGUGGAUGCGGACUGCGUGCACGUGAAUAGGAGCAGCUGCCAUCCUGGUGCGGGAUUCUGCACCUGUCCCGGCAAUACCGUCUUUGUGCCCCAACUGAAUGCCUGCAACCUUUUGAACGAUAUGGCUGCGUGUGCCCCAACUUGCGAACAAAUGCGCAAUUUCGCGAGCCAUCACGACCCCAGCGGACUUGUGGAGCUCAGCUAG